AUGGAGGGCAAUUUCGAAGUUGUUAUCCACCACAGUGGAAAGUUUAUAAAAGAAGGGAAACUUACUUAUGAGGGGGAGAGUAUAACUUAUUCCUUUGACCCUGACAUGUGGAGUUAUUUCAUUGUAGUGAGUGUAGUCAAAGGUCUAGGUUAUGAUGGGUUUAAGGAGUUGUGGUACUGCGUAGGUGGUGGUUCUGUGUUAAAGAAUAUGUUGGAGCCUUUGUUGGAUGAUAAAGGAGCCAUGCAUAUGAUAACCUUAGCUAGGCUUAAUGGUGAGGUGCAUUUUUUUGUUGAGCACAUAGUUUCUGAACCUGAGGUGAUACAUAUGUUAGAAUAUGUUAAUGAGAAUACAGCUGGGGGUGAAAGUCAAUGUGAGGUACCUGCCAAUGAAGGUGAGAGAGGUCAUCAUGUUGUUGAAGAUGAAAUUCAAUGUGAAGGGAAAGUUACUAAUGAUGUUAAUGAUGAUGGUAAUGAAGUUGUUGAAGGGGAAAUUGAGUGUGAAGGAGCUGUUAAUGAUGAUGUUAAUGAUGUUGUUAAUGAUGUUGUUGAAGGGGAAAUUGAGUGUGAAGGGUCUGCUAAUGAUGAUCUUAAUGAUGUNGGUAAUGAUGUUGUUGAAGGGGAAAUUGAGUGUGAAGGGGCUGCUAAUGAUGAUAUCAAUGAUUGUGAAGGGGUUGCUAAUGAUGUUGCUAAUGAUGUUGUUGAAGAUGAUGUUGAUGGUAAUGCUGCCAAUGAUUUUAUGGAAGGUUUGGUUGAUGUGCACGUUGAAUGUGAUAUAGAAGAGGAAGUUGGAGAUGAAGUUGGUAAUGUUCAAGUUGAUGUGCAAUCUGAUGGACCAUCAUGGGCUGAGAUGUCUGAUACUGAUGUUGAUGAUAGCAUAAAUAGUGAUAAGCAUAGAGGUUUGUCUGAUGAUGAUUGGGAGUCUGAGGAGUUAGACAGUGGAAUGGAAAGUGAUUGUGAAGAUGAUGAAAAGGAGGGUUAUGGGAAGUUUGUAACCUUUUCUAUGCCUAAGACAAUGGUAGACUAUAAAUGGGCUGUGGGAACUUAUUUUGCUGAGAAGCAAGACUUUAUGGAUGCAAUAAAAACGUAUGCAGUACAAAAUGGCAGAAAUAUUAAGUAUCUUAAAAAUGAUAAGAAGAGAAUUAGAGUCAAAUAUAUGGGUGGUAAAGGAGAAUGCCCCUGGAUGACAUAUUGUGGAUAUAUGGAAGCAGUUAAAACUUGGCAACUUAGGACUAUUGUUGACAACCAUAGCUGUAGUAGGGAGCACAAAGUAAGAUUACUUAAUGCAAAAUGGUUGAGUAAGAGGUUGGAAAAAUAG